AUGUCUGUGUCUAAGUUAUAUGGAAGAUCAAUGAAAAUGUUGCAAAUGGUAAUCCAUGAAGACGCCAAUAUUGAAAACAAAGGUGUUGAGCAGGCAAUAAAUAUGGAAAGUUGUAUAGACUAUAGGUUCGUAGCCAGCCAGCAUGAGCCAGCAAAUGAAGCUUCUAAUCUAAGUGGCGAGCUUAUUGAAAUUUUACGGGGAGGAGAAAAUAAAGAAAAUAAUAUAAUAAAUAACAGAGAGCCGUCACCAUCAACCCUGCUUUCUAAAAAUAAUGCUUCGGAAGAAAAUAAAAAGUUGACAAGAAAGAGACAACGAAAUCCCAAGGCAUGGAAGAAAAAUAAAAAGAAAUGUUUAAAAAAUUCAGGUAUAGCAUACACUACUGAGAAAGGAAAAUUAGUUAAUGCUAAACAAUUAAAACCUGGUUGUGGAGACAAAUGUCGGUUGAAGUGUACAUUUAAGAUUAAUGAGCAGCAAAGAUUAGUAAUAUUCAAAAACUUUUGGAUAUUAGGUGAUUCGAAUAGACAGCGAGAUUUUGUCAAAAAUGCUAUGAAAGAAGUAAAACCGAAAUAUUCGCUACAUAAUGCUCAGAGUAAAAGAUCUAUUAAUGCGGCUUAUCAUUUAACAGUAGAUGGUAUAAUUAUAAGGGUAUGUAAAAAGUUCUUUAUGCAUACUUUGGACAUUGGGCACUCAUUUAGAACGACGGCAUGUAAGAAAACAACAUCAUCGGGUAUAGUUUUAGAAGAUUUAAGAGGUAAGCAUAACAAGAAAGGUAAGCUAUUACCUGUCUUUGUUAAGGAUGGAGUACGUGAACACUUAAACUCAUAUCCUACUAAGGAAUCGCACUACUGUCGAUCAUCAUAA